AUGGGUGAUGACAUCCAAAAGAAAAUAACUACCAGCAUACCAACGACUACAAAUGACCAGGAAAUCAGAAAUGAAAUAGAUGUGAUUAAUAUUAUGAAGGAAUGUAACGAAUCGUUCAGAAUACAAAUGUCGUAUUUGGAACAACUUAACAAUAGCGGCAGUUUUCCCGAUGAAACGGACAGAACACCUAAGUGUUACAUCCGUUGCGUGUUAGAGUCAAGUGGGGUGGCAUCAGAAGAGGGGAAGUUCGACGCCGCCUCAGCUGCGCUUGUGUUAACACAACUCAACGACGGCUAUGAAACUAACGAAUUAAUUGAUAUGGCUUUUCAAUGUAUAGACAGGCAGGAAACUUGCAAAUGUGAACGAUCUUACCAAUUCAUCAAAUGUAUAAUGGAGAAGGAAAUAAACAAGAUGGAGAAUUCUGAAUAAAUAACUACAGACAAAUA